AUGAACUUCGUGGGGCCCAACGAGUUCCAGGUCAAAGAGCAGGACCCACUUUGGAAGAAAUAUAUCGAGCAGUUCCAGAAUCCGCUUAUCCUACUUCUACUUGCUUCGGCUUUUGUGAGCGUCUGCAUGCGCCAGUUCGACGACGCAACGUCUAUCACUGUCGCCAUCAUCAUCGUGGUGACUGUCGCCUUCGUUCAGGAGUACCGAUCGGAGAAGUCAUUGGAAGAGCUUAAUAAGCUAGUGCCACCAUCAUGCAACUGUCUCAGAGAAGGGAGCCUAGAACAUUUUCUCGCUCGGAACCUAGUUCCGGGCGAUAUCGUCCAUUUGAACGUCGGUGACAGAGUUCCAGCGGACUUGCGACUCUUCGAGUCGUCGGAUUUGGCCAUCGACGAGUCUUCUUUCACUGGGGAGACGGAACCGGCUGUCAAGAGUGUCCUGCCAAACAAGGCAGCCGCUGGCAGGGUCAAUAAGGAUAACAUAGCCUUCUUGGGGACUCUUGUUCGCUGUGGGAAUGCUAAGGGUAUAGUGGUAAGCACUGGAGAGCGUUCGGAAUUCGGAGACAUAUUCCGCAUGAUGCAAGCCGAAGAGGCGCCGAAAACUCCGCUGCAGAAGUCCAUGGACACCUUAGGGGCGCAAUUGUCAUUGUAUUCCUUCUGUAUCAUCGGCUUCAUUAUGGUCACCGGCUGCCUGCAGGGCAAAGCCAUGCAAGACAUGUUCACCAUUGGCGUGAGUUUAGCGGUGGCUGCUAUCCCUGAAGGUCUGCCGAUUGUAGUGACGGUGACUUUGGCGCUUGGCGUUAUGCGUAUGGCGAAACGUAAUGCGAUCGUAAAGAAGUUGCCCACUGUGGAGACGCUGGGGUGUGUCAACGUGAUUUGCAGCGACAAGACUGGUACGCUGACAAAGAACGAGAUGACAGUAACGACGCUGUCGACAUCCGGCGGGCACAUCGCGGAGGUGUCGGGCUCGGGCUACAGCGCGCACGGCGACGUGCAGCUGCGCGCGUACAAGGGCCGCGACCUGCACGUGGCGCAGAUGGCGCUGCAGACCAUGCUCGAGGUUGGCGUUCUUUGUAACAACGCGUCGAUUCGCGACGAAGUUUUGUACGGGCAGCCCACAGAGGGCGCGCUGCUCGCAUGUGCCUUGAAGAACGGCAUGCAAGACAUACGGGAGCAAUACACGCGUCUCCACGAGAUACCUUUCAGUUCGGAAACGAAAAUGAUGGUUGUGAAGUGCGCGCCAAAAUUCGGGGACGGUAAACUGAAGGAGGAGGUGUUCGUGAAGGGCGCGAUAGAGAAUGUUCUGCCGCUGUGCACCCACUACAUCGACAGCUCCGGCAACUACGCACCAAUGACGCGCGACAAACAGAACGACUUCCUCUCCGAGGCUUACAACAUUGGAAGAAUGGGGCUGCGUGUAAUCGCGCUGUGCCGUGGCGCGUCGCUGCAGUCGCUGACGUACACGGGCGUGUGCGGCGUGUGCGAUCCACCGCGCGACAACGUGCGCGCCGCCGUGGCCACGCUGCGCCGCGCCGGCGUCACUGUCAAGAUGCUCACUGGCGACGCCAGCUGCACCGCGCGAGCUGUCGCUCAAAUGAUUGGAUUGGACGUGUUGCACUCACAGUCUCUCUCUGGCGACCAGUUGGACUCCAUGUCGGACGAAGAAUUGGAUAGGAUCAUUGAAACAGUGAGCGUAUUCUACCGUGUAACGCCGAAGCACAAGCUUUCGAUUGUUAAGUCGCUCCAGAGGCUUGGCAACAUUGUGGGGAUGACAGGUGACGGUGUAAACGACGGCGUGGCGUUGAAACGCGCAGACAUUGGCAUAGCUAUGGGUCGAAACGGUACCGACGUGUGCAAGGAAGCGGCCGACAUGAUCCUCGUCGACGACGACUUUGCUACAAUAAUAGCGGCUAUAGAAGAGGGCAAGAGCAUUUUCUACAACAUCCGCAACUUCGUUCGCUUCCAGCUAUCGACGUCCAUAGCGGCGCUCUCGCUUAUCGCACUGGCAACACUCAUGGGAAUACCCAAUCCUCUUAACGCCAUGCAGAUAUUGUGGAUCAAUAUUAUUAUGGACGUGAAUUUACGUUGGCAAAGUGAAAAAGCAAUGGCAGGAGGUAAAGCAAGGGCAAAAUUAUUACUGGAAGCUGCUGUCGGUCACCCUAUAAUAGAAAAAACUCGGAACAAUGAUGUUUAUAACGAUUAUAACCUCAAAACUGUUCAAAGAAAGCUAUGGCCUGCGUCACAUCUUCAAGAUGAAUGCAUCUACGGUUAUGAAAAUGGCGAGCCUUCAACCAGCGGCCAAAACACACGUUUUGAAGUUUGUUCUAUGAACACACCUUUCCCUAUAGAUGAUACAGAUUCAGAUAUUAUUGAGGAAUCCCUAGAUGAACCUAAACAUUCUACUGAUAGUAAAAAAGUGUACACCAUCAUAAAGAAUGUGUCCUCUGGCCAAAAUUACAAAGACUUUUCUUCGGGUAGUGAUAAUGUUUUCGUUCCGGAAAGCCCUUUAAGCUCUAGCUCUAGCAGUAUAAGAGAACAAUCCGACAGAACAAGGCAAGAGGACCAUAUCCCUACUAGGAACCAACACGAAAGUGAAGAUUUGGAAGAAAAUAAGAAGUCAAUAAAACGUAAGAUAUUCCCACCCAAAGAAAAUAAGUCAAAGAAACGCUCCCGAAAUGAACUGUCAUGGAAGAAAAAGUCUGCAGCUGUAGCUAGAGCAAAGGGAGAAGAAUAUAUGUCUUAUAAAGGAGUGAAAGUUCCGAAGAAAACCAUCCAGGAAGGGAUUUUAUGCCACGAGAAGUGCAGACUUAAAUGCUCUAGAUAUUUUAAAGUAAUAGACCACAAGUUCCCUGAGGUUGGCCAUUCUUAUUUAGAUUCGGAUCGUGAUUUUGGUAGGAUAGAAAAAGUCCUUAGGAAACACGAUACAGUUUAUGUUCCUGAACAAUACAGGAAUAUUAUAUGCAAAGCUUCUCGAAAUAAUACAGUCAUUGACAUGAGCGCACAUUUCAGAAAAAUUGGGCCGCCGGCGCAGUCGCUGGGCGUGGAGCCGGUGGACCACGAGGUGGUGCUGCGGCGGCCGCGCGACACGUCGCGCCGCAUCUUGUCACGCGGCCUGCUGCUGUCCGUGCUGAUCUCCGCCGCCAUCAUCAUCGCCGGCACACUCUGGGUCUUCAACCGCGAGAUGUCAGAUAACAAGAUAACUCCCCGAGAUACAACGAUGACCUUCACGUGCUUCGUGUUAUUCGAUAUGUUCAACGCUCUCUCGUGUCGCUCUCAGACCAAAUCCGUUUUCCAAGUAGGCCUAUUCUCUAAUCGAAUGUUUUUGGUGGCAGUGACUUUAAGCUUGGUGGGACAAAUGCUCGUGAUAUAUUUCCCACCGCUUCAACGAGUGUUCCAAACUGAGGCUCUCACCGGACAUGAUCUCAUAUUCCUAGUCUGCCUGACGUCAAGCGUGUUCAUAGUUAGCGAGAUCAAAAAGUUUAUAGAGCGCACGAUCAAGAAGCGGUCGCACGGAAAGUUUUCGACGAAGGCCCACGACGCCAUGGAUUUCGUAUGA